GAGAAAGCAAAACAUAACACAGAGAGAAGGAGAAGAUGGGGAGCAAGAGCAGCAGCUUGCGAGUGAUGACAUGCAGAGGGGUGGUGUGCUGGGGAGCAGAGGAGGAAUGGAGGGUGGAGGAGAUACAAGUGGAUCCCCCCAAGGGGAGUGAAGUGAGGAUAAAGAUGCUGUUCGCCAGUGUUUGCCACUCCGAUAUCCUGUGCUCCCAGGGUUUCCCUUCUCCGCUUUACCCUCGAGUUCUCGGCCAUGAAGGUGUCAGGAUUGUGGAGAGUGUUGGAGAGGAAGUGGAAGAGUUGAAGGAAGGAGAUGUGGUUAUUCCCGCAUAUAUCGGAGAAUGCAGAGAGUGUGAGAACUGCAACUCUGAGAGGACAAACUUGUGCCUCCGGUAUCCGCUCUCUUUGAAUGGCAUGUUGCCGGAUGGCACAUCGAGAAUGUCUAUCCGAGGCCAGACCCUGUACCACCUCCUCUCUUGCUCCACCUGGUCCGAGUACACGGUCUCCGACGCCAAUUAUGUUGUGAAGGUCGAUCCUGGUGUAGCUCUCCCGCAUGCCAGCUUCUUGUCGUGCGGAUUCUCCACUGGGUUUGGGGCCGCUUGGAUGGACUCUAAGGUAGAGAGUGGCUCCUCCGUGGCUGUGAUCGGCCUUGGUGCUGUUGGACUCGGUGCCAUAGGAGGAGCAAGAGCGCAAGGGGCGACUACCAUAAUCGGCGUGGACGAAAAUGGGAUGAAAAGGGACAAGGGAGAAGCCUUUGGAAUGACUCAUUUCAUAAAUCCAGGUGAUCACAAGUCUUCCGACAGUGCGGAUUUGAAAUCCAUCUCCGAAAUGGUGAAAGAAUUGACGGGCGGAGUCGGCGUGGACUACUGCUUUGAGUGCACUGGAGUACCUGGCUUGAUCAACCAGGCCCUAGAAGCCACAAAAGUGGGGAAAGGCAAAGCAGUAGUAGUGGGUGCAGGGCUGAAACCUUUGGUGCAAAUUAAUCUCCUGUACCUGUUGAUGGGCAGAACAUUGAAGGGAACCACUUUUGGUGGCCUCAAAAGCAAGACCCACCUCCCCCUCCUCCUCCACAAAUCCAAAAACAAGGAGAUCCAACUUGAUGAACUGCUGACGCAUGAGAUGAAAUGGGAAGACGUACCAAGAGCUCAUGAGAUACUGAAACGAUCGGAUUGCGUCAAGAUUGUGAUCAAGAUUUAGCACCCUAUUUGCCUAUGGCCUAUUGCCUCCUGUCACGACCUCCCCGCAUCCCUAAUUUUCUAUGCAAUAAUUUUAAUUGGGUAAUUAAAAUUUAGGUGUCACCACCUCCUCCCCUUUCUUUCUUGAAUUUGUCUAGAACUAUAUUGACACCAUGCUUUGUUUACUGUUGCACCCGCUCGAGUGCCAUCUAUAGUCGCUCGUGCAAAAUUCCAAUAAUAUAGCAUCAAUAUCAGUGG